UGUGGAUAUUGGGCACGAGCUGAUUGUGGCUCCAAAUCACACACAUUUCCUUGGCACAGACGGGUGGAACAAGAAACAUCAGGCAGGCAUUAACUCUCACCGUCGUCAGAGAGUAACAUCAAAAAUUCCCUCCAAAAAAUGGAGCUCACUGCCUUUGCUUGGACAAAUUCUAUUUCUCCAACUUUCCACUUCCCUCAAAACUUCACAUCAACGAGACGGUGUAGGGGCGUCAGAAUUUGGUGUGUCAAUGGGAAUAUUGAUAUUGUGGAUUCUAAGAAGGCAGAUGAGAUGACUGUUUCAAUAACUGGAGCUACGGGGUUUAUAGGCAAAAGAUUGGUACAAAAAUUGCAUGCAGAUAAUCAUCGUGUUCGUGUCUUGACACGGUCUAGGUCAAAAGCUCAGACAAUUUUUCCGGCCAAGGACUUCCCAGGAAUUGUAAUAGCAGAGGAAUCAGAGUGGAGAGACUGCAUUCGAGGUUCUGCAGCUGUUGUAAAUUUGGCUGGACUGCCAAUAAGCACGAGAUGGUCUGCCGAGAUCAAGAAAGAGAUCAAAGAAAGCAGGAUUAGAGUUACUUCAAAGGUCGUAAAUCUAAUAAAUAAUGCACAAGUUGAACUUCGUCCUAGGGUUUUGAUUAGUGCAACAGCUGUUGGCUACUAUGGCUCUAGUGAAACACAAGUGUUUGACGAGCAUAGUCCAUCAGGAAGAGAUUACCUAGCAGAGGUUUGUAGAGAAUGGGAGGCAACUGCGCUAAAAGUCAAUGGAAAUAUUAGAGUAGCACUUAUUCGUAUUGGUGUUGUGCUUGGAAAAGAUGGUGGAGCUUUGGCUAAAAUGAUCCCUCUCUUCAAUGUGUUCGCUGGUGGACCUUUGGGCUCUGGAAAGCAAUGGUUUUCCUGGAUCCAUGUGGAUGAUCUAGUGAAUCUGAUCUAUGAAGCUCUAUCCAACCCCUCUUACAAAGGUGUAAUCAAUGGAACCGCUCCAAACCCUGUUCGGCUAUCAGAGAUGUGUGAUCACUUGGGAUCAGUCUUGGGACGGCCCUCAUGGCUUCCUGUACCAGAUAUUGCACUCAAAGCUGUUCUUGGAGAAGGUGCUUGUGUGGUUCUUGAAGGACAAAAAGUGCUGCCGACUAGAGCCAAGGAACUGGGAUUCCCGUUCAAAUACCCCUAUGUGAAAGAUGCACUGAAGGCGAUCAUAUCGUGAGAAUGUAAGAAGUGGAAAUUCUGAUUCUUCAUUUCAUAUUAGAGCCGUCAGCUUGAGAGAGUCGAAGUGGGGACGAUCUUUUGCACCUACUGAUAAUUGAACUCCGUUGAGGGAGUUCAAUUAGAUGACUAUUGUUAAGAGCCGUUGGUUGUAAGAUCCAAGAUGUACAUCAUUCUUCUACAUUCUCUCUUUCGAAUUUGUCGUAAUCAUAAUGAUAAACACAGGAAAUGUUAUUAUUCAUUCGUAUCUUUGAGGAUAUAACUGCUGUUCUUAUACAAUGCUGGAGAGAGUUUUGGAAUUGGAAGUGAAUAUUGUUCUCUCUA